AUGUUUGUAUCACCACCCCCUGCGAGCACCAAAGUGCAAGGGCUGGGGAGGAGGCAUGUCCAUGUUGGGGGCCAUGUGGCGCCUGUGAACAACGGCGCGUUGCAGUCGAUCCCUGAGGACUUUGCGAUGGCAGGAAGCUCGGGUUCGAGAGAGCAGCCGAUGUACCAGCCCCGCCAGGAUCUGCCGUCGCAGCAGGCGGGCACAAUGCUGCCGUCUCCUAUAAAGCUGGAGGCAGCGAACUUUGUGAACGCGCCACCGGAAUACGCAGACCGUGCCAGAGAUGAGAUUCGCAAACGGCUUUUACAGUCGUCGAACGGUGCAGGCGCUGGGUCGCUGUCGACAGCGAGCUCUAACUCGCCGUCUGUGAGGACGCCGCGCAGCAGCAGAGCCAGCAGCGUUCUGGAUAGCAGAAGUGUGAUGUCGGAUGGAGCGUCAAGUAUAUUCUCACAACCGAUGACGGUAUAUACGCAGAGCACGCGUGAAAGCUCGUUGCUGCCGUCUCAGAAAAUAGUCACUCAGGUGAGUUUGGAAGACGCGCUUCCGAAAACGUUCCUCGAUAUGUAUCCUCCAGAGAUUCUGCUAGGGGAACCGUCUAAUUUGCUGUGCAAUGGUAGACCAAAGUUUACCGAACGAGAAUUGUUGGACUGGGAACUAAACGACAUAAGAUCGCUAUUAAUUAUUGAAAACCCAAGACCGGAAUGGGGAAAUCAACUACCCUCGAUAAUAGCUAAUCAUCCAAAUCUACCUAAUUUUAGAUUUCAGUUGCUGCCAUUAAGCUCUUCGGACGACUUUAUCAUUGAAACACUUGUCAAUUCUGAUUUGUAUUUAGAGGCGAAUUUGGAUUUCCAAUUCAAAUUAACAAGUGCAAGAUAUACAGUCACAUCAGCAAGGAAAAGACAUGAGCAUAUCACCGGUAAGAAUGAACCAAUAAUGCAUUUAUCAAAGCCAGAGUGGAGAAAUAUUAUAGAGAAUUACUUGUUGAAUAUUGCAGUGGAGGCGCAAUGUAGGUACGAUUUCAAGCAUCGAUGCUCGGAAUUCAAAAAAUUGAAGCUGCAACAAGAGCUGCAACAAAAUUUGAAGAGACCUAAUAUGCCACCACCAAGUUUUAUUCCAGUAAACGAAAAAAGAUCACCGGUCUCCAAGAAUAAUGGAAGCGCAAGCUUAUUGAGGAAAACUUUGAUGAAAAAUUUACAGCUGAAAAACUUUAACAAGAGUAACGAGCAUCAGAAUAACGAAAAACCUAAUUUAUCGACUGGUUCGAAUCAAACUGUGGGAAAGAUUUCAUUGACGAAGGAUGAAAAAGCGAAACUUUGGUCACAUUGUCAGGCACAAGUGUACCAGAGACUAGGGUUGGAUUGGCAACCGGAUAAGGUAACUGGAUUGUAA